UCUUCUUCACCAUCUCGGUCUCUCUUGCAGACUGCAGAAUGGCUAUCUUCGGCUCCGUUCGAUACCCCAACUUACUACAUUUGAUUAUUGUUAUUAACCUUUUUUUCAUUCUCAUUAUCGGCUCAUCAGAACAUGAAAAGCUUUCCAUAUCAACUGAUCGUGCCUCAUUGCUCUCAUUCAUAUCCCAGAUCGUUGUCGACCCAGAUAACGCGCUCCAAGAUUGGAAUUCUUCAAGAUUGCAUGUGUGCAAUUGGACUGGUGUAACAUGUAGCCAUGUGAAGGAGCGUGUCACACAGCUCGAUCUCAGCAAGAGGUCGCUCCACGGCACAAUUUCUCCAGCUCUAGGGAAUUUGUCAUUCUUGGUCAUUCUUGAUCUGUCUGGCAACUUCUUUCGAGGUCGAAUUCCUGUGGAGAUUGGAGCUCUCUCCCACCUCAGCCAGCUUAGUUUCGAGUCGAAUCUCCUCGAAGGGGAAACACCAGCUGAAUUGGGUUUUCUUUGUCGGUUGGUUUAUCUUGAUUUGGGUAGCAAUCGACUUGUAGGUCGGAUUCCUGCUACUCUCUUUCACAAUACCUCUUCAUUGCAAUAUAUAGAUCUUUCGAAUAAUUCUCUCACCGGCAAAAUCCCAUUGAGUAAUCAAUGCAAGCUAACUGAGUUGAGGUUUCUUCUACUGUGGUCCAAUCAUUUGGUGGGUCCAAUCCCACCAUCUCUUUCUAACUCCACCAAGCUUGAAUGGAUUGAUUUGGGUUCUAAUUCUCUAAGCGGGGAAUUGCCGGCCGCGAUUUUCGACAAAUUGCCAUGUUUGCAGUUCCUUUACUUGUCUUACAACAACUUGGCAAGCCAUGAUGGGAACACUAACCUUAGACCUUUCUUCGCCUCUCUUUUGAAUUGCUCUCGUUUCCAAGAACUUGAAUUGGUGGGAAAUAAUCUCGGCGGAGAGAUUCCUUCCAUUGUUGGGGAUCUUUCUACUAGUCUUCUACAACUUCAACUUGGAGAGAAUCGCAUCUACGGUUCAAUUCCUCCGAGCAUUUCAACUCUUGUUAAUCUCACCCUCUUGAACUUGUCGAGCAAUCUAUUGAACGGAUCAAUUCCGCUCGAAGUGGGCCACAUGGGGAAGCUAGAGAGGGUCUUUUUAUCUAAUAACUCUCUCUAUGGAGAAAUUCCAUCCACAUUGGGUGAAAUUCCUCAUUUGGGUCUUCUAGAUUUAUCAAAAAACAGGCUCUCAGGAUUGAUUCCGGAUGCCUUGUCGAAUCUUUCUCAGCUAAGAAGGCUCUUGCUAUAUGAAAACCAUUUCUCAGGAACGAUACCACCAAGUUUAGGCAAGUGUAUAAACUUGGAGAUUUUGGAUCUUUCUCACAACAGACUAACAGGUAUGAUUCCUAGAGAAGUUGCAAGAUUGAGGAGCUUGACAUUGUAUUUGAAUCUUUCUAGCAACUUCUUACAAGGGCCUUUGCCGUUAGAGCUAAGUAAGAUGGACAUGGUAUUAGCCAUUGAUCUAUCUUCAAAUAAUCUGUCCGGCAGAAUCCCACCCCAACUAGGAAGCUGCAUCGCGCUUGAGUAUCUUAACCUUUCUAGGAAUCUAUUACAAGGGCCUCUUCCAAUUUCAAUUGGCAACUUGCCUUAUCUCCAAGUUCUUGAUUUAUCUUCAAACAGGUUGAAGGGAGAGAUACCGGCAUCUCUACAAGCGUCUACAUCACUUAAGCAACUCAAUUGCUCUUUCAAUAACUUCUCAGGAUUUGUAUGGAACGAGGGAGCAUUCGCAUCACUGGCAUUGGAUUCAUUCUUGGGAAAUUCAGGCCUAUGCGGGUCAUUUUCCGGCAUGUCAUCUUGUCACAAGAAACGGCACCACCGGUUCAUAAUCCUGUCGAUUCUUCUUACUUCUUUGGGCACCCCUUGUUUUGUACUAUGCAUUUUUGGGUAUCUUCUAGUACUCAAAUUGAAAACAAGACAGUCAUUUGCAGCCUUUCAUGAGGCUGUAUCAGAUGAUGAAGAACAGCAAACAAAAGAACACAUGUACCCAAGGAUCUCUUAUCGACAGCUCUCAGAGGCCACUGGCGGAUUCAACGGCUCGAGCUUAAUCGGGUCGGGCAGGUUUGGGCAUGUUUACAAGGGAAUUCUCCAUGACGAAACAAAAAUUGCAGUGAAAGUAAUGGAUUCAGAGUGUGGUGGAGAUAUCUUGGGGAGCUUCAAGAGAGAGUGCCAGGUGCUAAAAAGGACUAGACACAGGAACCUGAUAAAGAUCAUAACAGCUUGCAGCCGGCCAGAUUUUAAGGCGCUGAUUCUUCCAUUAAUGUCGAACGGGAGCCUAGAAAGUCAUCUAUACCCCAAUCAUGGGGCGGGCCGCAGUUUGAGCUUGAUUCAACUGGUGAACAUUUGUAGAGACAUAGCUGAAGGGAUGGCAUACUUGCACCACCAUUCUCCUGUUAGGGUUAUACAUUGUGACCUGAAGCCAAGCAAUGUUCUUCUAGACGAUGAUAUGACGGCUUUGGUAACGGAUUUCGGGAUUGCAAAGCUGGUGAUUGAGGGUGGGGGCACAAGCAAUGCCGUCUUUGAUUCAUCUUCCUUCAGUUCAACGGCCGGAUUGUUAUGUGGGUCCAUCGGUUACAUCGCUCCAGAGUAUGGAAUGGGAAAGCAUGCAUCAACAAAGGGAGACGUUUACAGCUUUGGAGUUCUUCUCUUAGAAGUCAUCACCGGAAAGCGGCCAACGGAUGUCAUUUUUCAGUCAGGUUCGAGCAUGCAUGCAUGGGUUAAGAGCCACUACCCUCACAAGCUUGACUCUAUCAUCGAACAGGCAUUGCAGCAGGCCGCGCCAUCGGACGGCACGUGUGAUUCUCGCAAGGUGUGGCGGGAAGUGAUCAUGGAGUUGAUUGAGCUGGGUCUUAUUUGUACGCAGCGAUCUCCGUCGGCGCGGCCCACCAUGAUCGAUGUGGCCCAUGAGAUGGGCCAGUUGAAAGAAUAUCUGGGUAGAGAUGUGACCUUUGAAGGUCCAUGGAGUGAAGGUUCUUCUGGCUGAUGGGAAUGUGAAUGGGAAUGAGAAGGAAAGAAAAGGGUUGUUUAAUAUCUGGUGGAGGGAUUAUCUUAUUCUUUAUGUGAUUUGUGGGUGUUUUAAUCUAUGGAAGGAUCCUUAUCAAUUCAUGAAGUGAUGGUAAUCAGUGAAGAGUUUUUAUUUUUUUAAUGUGCUUUUAAAGUCAUUUGAGCAUGGUAUGGUGCUAUCACUAGAUAGUCUUUUAUUUUUAAAUGUGUUUUAUAUUCCUGUAGACA